AUGUUGGAAGUCUACAACAAAUCAUUAAAAGACUUUCCACCAAUGCCCACACCAGUAGCUUCUCCUGCAAGACUAAGUGGAAAUCGUUUGUUGUUUGAAGAGCUAUCAUAUGAUCGUGCGCUGUUGGCAACUGAAAGUGAUCGGUUGGUUAGGCAACUAACUGAAGAGCAACGUGGGGUUUAUGAUACAAUAAUGGGAGAUGUGUCAUCAAGCAAUGGUGGAUUGUUUUUUGUUUAUGGGUAUGGAGGAACAGGGAAGACAUUUUUAUGGAAGACCCUAUCUGCCACAUUGCGAUCUCAGGGUGAAAUUGUUAUCAAUGUAGCUUCAAGUGGAAUUGCUUCCCUUCUGUUGCCAGGUGGUAGGACGGCACACUCAAGGUUUGCUAUACCAAUUAACAUUAAUGAGGACUCCACGUGUAACAUUAAACCAGGUACAGAUCUUGCUGAGUUGAUUUCAAAGACAAAGUUAAUCAUUUGGGAUGAAGCUCCCAUGAUGCACAAACACUGCUUCGAGGCCUUAGAUAGAACUAUGCGGGACCUGCUUCGUUUCUCUAAUCCAUCGAGUGAGAUGUCUACUUUUGGCGGUAAGACGGUAGUGUUGGGUGGUGAUUUCAGACAGAUUUUACCAGUUAUCCCAAAGGGAUCGAGGCAAGAUAUUGUGUCUUCCACAAUUAAUUCAUCAUACCUAUGGUCAAGUUGUAUUGUCCUAAGGUUGACAAAAAAUCUACGAUUGGAGAAUAUGGAAGAUGCAGUUGAAAAACGACAAGUAGCACAUUUCGCAUACUGGAUUGCUUCUAUUGGUGAUGGUACAGCUGGACCAACGAACGAAGAUUGUCCAGAGGUUGUGAUUCCAGAUGAUAUGCUUUUGCCAACAAAUGGAGACCCAAUUGCAACGAUUGUGGAAAAUACAUUUCCUAUGUUUCAGAAUGGUUCAUGUGAUAACAGUUUUCUUGAGAGUAGGGCCAUCCUUGCACCAACAUUGGAUGUUGUGAAUGCAGUAAACGAUUACAUGAGUAACCUGCACGAAGCUGAGAGUCGAACAUAUCUAAGCUGUGAUUCGGUUUGCAGGACAGAUACUGGCAGUGGAGUUUUGGCAGAUGUUCACACACCUGAGUUCCUAAAUGGCCUUAAGGCAUCAGGUAUUCCAAACCAUUCUUUGACAUUGAAGGUUGGUUCACCAGUAAUGUUGUUAAGAAACAUUGAUCACUCUCUAGGAUUGUGUAAUGGUACUAGAUUGAUUGUAACCAGACUUUCAGAACAUGUUAUUGAAGCUAAAAUAAUGUCAGGCAGUCACUCUGAUACAAGGGUUUUGGUUCCUAGGUUGAGUCUGACGCCUUCAGAUCCGAGAUUGCCAUUUAAGUUUAAUAGAAGACAAUUCCCUUUGAUGCUUUCAUAUGCAAUGACUAUUAACAAGAGUCAAGGGCAAACUCUAUCUCAUGUGGGUUUGCUAUUAAAGAAGCCGGUGUUUGUUCAUGGUCAAUUGUAUGUUGCCGCUUCAAGAGUUAGUAAUCCAACUGGUCUAAAGAUUUUACUUUGUACUGAGUUAGGAAGUUGUUCUAAUCAAACAACUAAUGUUGUUUACAAAGAAGUUUUCAAUAAUUUGUAA